UGAACAAUCAGCUGUCUCAGCACAAGAUCGCAUGGCACACAAUUCAGACUUGAUUUUGAACACAGUUAUUGUAGACUGCAAAGGUAAUCAAAAUUGCCCAGAACGUUCAACCAACCAGCUCAAAUUCCAACUUCAAUUCAAUCGCCACCAGUCCAGUCCCGACCUUCGUCCAGCUCAGCCAUGACCGCGUCCGUAGUGCUCGACCCCGCCGCGAACCUUCUUCCGGCCAAGCUGUGGUGCCGCGUGUUCCAGUACCUGACCGUGGUGCAACUCCGCCGCGUCCGGUUGACCUGCGCCAACUGGAAACGAUUAGUAGACGGUGAUCCUGCGCUGAUGGAGCGAGUCACGCUGAGAUUCCCCAACGGGACCAACAUUGACGCGAAGUUCCGACCAAAGUGUGUUCCACCCGCGGCCCGCGGCGCCAAGUUCUACGCAUGCAAGAUCAGCACCGUUGAGCCGUGGUGGCCCGAGAUCGGUCGGAACUUGACCGGGUUGAGUGUCGAGCGUUGUUUCGUGCCGAUUUCGACGCUACUGGACAUGCUGCGUCGGACGCCGAACUUGAAGCGGCUCGUACUCGACGGUGUUAAGCAUCCGCCUAUUUUCGCAAGUACCGUCGUCGACUUCCAGCUGGAACAGCUCGAAGAGCUGACGCUGGUCAACGUGGCGGAUCCCGAGCUGCUGAACCUGUUUUGCAAGCUGCGGUCGCCGCUGAAAAAGUUGGCUUUCAACUCGGCGGUCGAAUCGUCGUCCAAACCGUCACCCGAAACACUCAUCCGGGCCGUGCAGGACACCGAGGGCACGCUGGAAGAGCUGCGAGCUCCGUUCGAUGCGCCCCUCAUGGAAGCCCUGCCGACGAUGAGACGGCUGCGAUUGAAACGCGCCGCCUACUCGUGGGGCCGGGGCGUAGCGCCAAUCUUGGGAUUCUGCAAGCUGCAGCCGGCGCUGGAGGAGUUGGACAUUUCCGAGCUUUCGGCGACGGAUUUGACCUUCAACGAAAUUGCCACCCUGCUGCCCAACCUGCGGCGCCUCUCGGUGCGGUUCGAGUGGGAAUCAACCGCACUUGUACCGUCAUUUCUGGACGCCAUCCCGCAGCUGCAGGCCGUCUCCAUGGAGGGACCGUUGCACUUCAAGGGCACUCAAAAGAUCACCAAACUGGGCACGUUCCACUGUCCGGCACUUCUGGAGUUUCGGCUGAACUCCUUCACGAUACCCCUUGGCGAUAUGUGCCAGUUUUUCACGAACAAUCCCCAAAUUACGAGCGUUACCUUGGACCAAUGCAAGUUUGGCCGGUGGACAGACCUUUUGGGUGCCCUGAAGCGGUUGCCAAAUCUUCAGCGAUUGAAACUGCACAAAGUUUGGACGCCGAAUUGGAACGACCCCGCCGAACUCGACGCUAGUAAUCUGAAGUACUUGGAACUGACGUUCAUGGACAUCCCGGAAGCUGCUCUCAUUAAACUGUUAAGCUAUCUGCCAAAACUAGAACAACUCGACGCACAGUUUGUAAAGUUCCUGAACGAUCGAGUCGUGCACAAAUUUUGCCAACGACUGCCAAAGCUAACAAAACUAACCAUCCGCAAAUGUCCAAUUUCCGACACCUCUCUGCACCACAUUAACCUUCACUGCAAAUCCCUGGAGCAGCUGGACUUGUGCCAAACUUCCGGGCUGUCCCAGCAGGUCGUGAAUCAGCUCAAGAGCCGCGUUGAAAUCGUACGCUUCCAGCCGGAACCGGAUCUCGCGAGCAAAGUGAAAGAAUGGACGCUGAUUUCGGUGUGCUUGGUGCUGCUUUACUUCAUGUUCCAGUGGUACGGAUUCGUGGGAAUUGCCAUCGUUUUGCCGGUGUUUUUUGUGCUUGAGUUACUGAAGUAAAUAAGAUGAAAAUAUUUUGAAAUUUGUUUUUCAGAUUUUGUUGAUAAUAAACACCAAAAAAACAAAGUUUUUCAACAGUCCAAUGAUUUAACAUGAAUUUGAGUUCAACCUCAUUAGAGUUUAGAAAUGUAAACAAAGAGCUGUCACAGUGAAAAAUGCUUUCUAGGCCCAGAGAAAAAAUAUAAUUUAACCCAAAAAUGACGGACACCUCGUCAAAGUGUCCUGAUGUAAACAAUGAUCGAGCUCGAGCUGUCACAGCCCUGCGAAGUAUGUUGGCUGACAUAUCGGGCGGUCAGUCAGAAAAAAACAGCUAGAAGUCCCUUGUCAAAAACGUUUUUCUAGAAAGAGAUAGCAAAUCUGAUGCAAACAAACCCCCAGCUGCCAUGUAAACAUACCUGCUUUGAAUGUGUUUGUAAAUUUUUGAAAAGGAAGCCUUAUUUUUGUAAUUUUUGUAAUUUUUGUAAUUUUUGUAAUUUUUGUAAUUUUUGUAAUUUUUGUAAUUUUUGUAAUUUUUAUAAUUUUUGUAAUUUUUGUAAUUUUUGUAAUUUUUGUAAUUUUUGUAAUUUUUGUAAUUUUUGUAAUUUUUGUAAUUUUUGUAAUUUUUGUAAUUUUUGUAAUUUUUGUAAUUUUUGUAAUUUUUG